AGCGCGGCUACCAGACACUGAAGACCUGCUGCUCGCUCCUCACAUCCCGCAGCCUCGUCCCGCGUGCUCCACUCCGCUCCCCUCCGCCGAGCCGCACGCCCUCCGCCCGCCAUGCAUCCCGCGCGCCCUGCGCUCUGGGCGGCUGCGCUCACCGCACUCACUCUGCUUCGCGGGCCGCCGGUGGCGCGGGCCGGCGCGGGCGCGGUGGGCGCGGGCCCCGUGGUGCGCUGCGAACCGUGCGACGCGCGUGCGCUGGCCCAGUGCGCGCCUCCGCCCACCGCGCCCGCGUGCACCGAGCUGGUGCGAGAACCGGGCUGCGGCUGCUGCUUGACUUGCGCGCUGCGCGAAGGCGACGCGUGCGGCGUCUACACCGAGCGCUGCGGCACCGGCCUCCGCUGCCAGCCACGGCCCGCGGAACAGUACCCGCUGAAGGCGCUGCUCAAUGGCCGCGGGUUCUGCGCCAACGCCAGCGCCGCCGGCAGCCUGAGCGCCUACCUGCCCUCCCAACCCGCUCCAGGAAACGCUAGUGAGUCUGAGGAGGACCACAGUGCUGGGAGUGUGGAAAGCCAGGCUGUCCCCAGCACACACCGAGUGACUGAUUCCAAGUUCCAUCCACUCCAUGCAAAGAUGGAUGUCAUCAAAAAAGGCCAUGCCAGGGACAGCCAGCGUUACAAAGUUGACUAUGAGUCACAGAGCACAGACACACAGAACUUCUCCUCUGAGUCUAAGCGGGAGACAGAAUACGGCCCCUGCCGCAGAGAAAUGGAAGACACACUCAAUCAUCUGAAGUUCCUCAAUGUCUUAAGUCCCAGAGGUGUCCACAUCCCAAACUGUGACAAGAAGGGAUUCUAUAAGAAGAAGCAGUGCCGCCCAUCCAAAGGCAGAAAGCGGGGCUUCUGCUGGUGUGUGGACAAGUAUGGACAGCCCUUGCCUGGCUAUGACACCAAGGGGAAAGAUGACGUACACUGCCUCAGUGUGCAGAGCCAGUAAAUGCCACUGUGCCACUUGAAGUGGAGCUCCAAUACGCCUUAUUUUGCACAAAAGAUGCCAACAACGUGAUCAGCAGCUGGCUACAGCCUUGACUUAUAUUUCCUUUUUUUUUUUUUUUUUUUUUUUUUUUUUUUUUUU